AUGGAUGACAUAUUCAAAGAACCACGCUUAAAGAGCUCAAAGUUUUUUGACUACAAAUGUCCAAAUAUUUUAGGUAUACACAAAUUUUUCACCGAAGAGCCAGCAUCCAAAUGGUGCCUAGAAACUUUUGUGAACAGGCUAAUAUGUGAAGAGACGGAAUUAAGUUUUGAACAAGUCCAAGAGCUUUUUUUGGCCAAUUUGGACCAAAUUAAUAACCAGAUGAACGUUUGCACUCCUAUUCGUGCAUUUUGUUCGAGUUAUAUUGAUUGGAUGCAGACGUGGAAAGGACAGGCCGUUUCGAAUGCAUGUAAUGAGUAUUUUCAGGAAUGUGCAACAUUAAAAACCAAUCUGAAACAUAAGCGUAAACAUAAGGAAAUUGCUGAGGACCUUGUUUCAGAAAAUGCAAAAUAUACGGCAUUUCAAAGUAUCUUUCAGAGACCUCAAAGAGGAAUAUCCCAGACACCAACAACACCAAAUAAAAGGAUGAUAGAACAUGAAAAAGUAAAACGGUACGUUGAGUCAAUCCAGAUUAUAUGCGCAUUUGGCAUAAAUACAUCAGAAUUGGAAAACUUGGUAGGAAAAGAUUUGGCAGACGAGAUAUCCUCAUACCGAGAUCGAAUACCUUCAGUCUGGACAGAGAAUUUAGAGAAAUACUUUGAUAAUGCAUUAGAUAAAACGGGAAAAAAUUUCAAGUUAGCGAUCCAAGAAGAAAUAGAAGGAGGGGAAGAAAGCGUGAAUAAGUUUAGAUUAUAUUGUGAAAAGGUGUUAAUGGAAUUUUUUAAUUUAGUUGAUGUUUUCCCAACACUUUCGAGAACGAUCAAAGAGCGAAAAUUCACUAUAUAUCAUAUUUCUCCAUUGUUCAUGUUUUACGAAUCCACUUUCGGAACCUUAGAAUUUGAUUGGAUAGAAACACAUGCGCGAUCAGCAAAGAUAGUAAAAACACCAACUGAUUCCGGAAUCGUACUGGUGGAUGUAAAGGGGAUUCGUGUUAGUGAUGACAAAGAAAUCUGGCAUAUGGAAGUCUCGGGACCACCAAGUAAUCCCACAACUCGUCAUACUGUUUACGAUACCAAAAAGACGUUACACACUGACAUAUUGAAUUUGGUGGACAUCUUGAGAAACCACCUUGACCUAGACGUAAAUAUAGCAAAAAAAAUUAAAGUUUUUAGUAUGCAGGUUAUUGCAUAUCGGCUAACAUUAUAUGCCCUUAGCAUGCUGGAAGAUGGCCAAUUUGUUGCGUAUGAGUUAGCAUCAGCGGAGUUGCCAUUUGAUUUCGAUUCACGGUCAAAGUAUAUGGCAAUUAUGCGGAUGAUGGCCAUUUUUCAUGACGAAGUAGUCCAGCAGAAAGCUAUUAUGGACAAAAUUGAUCGUAUUCUCAUACCUUGUAAAGGUAAGAAUGUUCGUAGCGUUUUGAGGGUUCCAGAAAAUUUGCGAGAUAUAUGA